AUGCGUAAACCUUCAGCUUGCAGUGCCUGUCGAGCACGCCGGCGGAGAUGUACUUGGCCAGCCAACACUACAGCCACGGCCUGCGAGUAUUGUACCUCGCGCCGCCUGCGCUGUGUUCAAGAGCCUCCAGAAGGAGGUUAUUAUCACAAGCGCCAGACAAGACUACAGGAGCCUGGCCUUGGUGGAGGCGGCGGCGGCGAGUUGCCAUUGUCGCCAAAUCAAAACACGAGCUUGCUCUUCACCGGACCCCAAGUCGAGCUCCCUCCGAUGCCAUUGCGAUUGGAGCUGGCAACCCUCUACUUUGACUAUAUCCAUGACCAGUUCCACUCUCUCUUUCACAGACCGAGUUUCAUGGACGAUGUAGCCAAUGAUCGAGUGGCGCCUGUCGUGCUGCUUGCGAUAUUUGCCCUCUCAGCGAGGUUUUCGUCGAACCCGCUUUUGGCAAAUAUCGAACCCCGAAAUCGUGGAGAAGCUUUUCGCUUGGCUAGCGAAAGUCUGCUCAAGGUCCGUGAUAUUUCGACGCAGACAUGUCAGGUGUGCAUCUUGCUCGGCGGCUACGCGGCCGGCCACGGCGACACCGACGUAGAGAAUCUCUACUAUACCCUGGCCGGCCGUAUGGCUCUGACUCUGGACUUUCCAAAUAAACCUGCGUCUAAUAGCCUCGAAAGAGAAAUUAAUAUACGAACCUGGUGGACCAUCUGCAUGGUGGACGUGUGGUCCUCCACGGCGGUAAAGUUGCCAAAGAUCAUGCCCAAUUUGCAUUCUGUGCCUCUACCCAUGGACGAGCUUCCGUUCUUGGCACUCCCCGGUAGCUUUGCUAUUGAGAUGGCCAAUAGUCCGCCCACGUUUGGUUCUCCGCUCCUGUCGCAGAUGAUCAAGCUCAACAGGGUCCUCGCCCAGGUGAAUGAUUUCAACCGGAGGUGUGUUGAAGAACGGCUCGAGGGCUCUGCCCUAGAAGUUGGCAUACAGUGCCUAUCGCUCGAGUUGGAGCGAUGGCUUGUUGGCCUGCCCUAUAAUAUGCGGGAUACGCCAGAGAACUUUGCUUGGUUUGCGUCUCGCGGCCUGGGGCGUGUUUACGCUGCUGUUUAUCUGGGUUAUUACCAUUAUGGGCAGUUGCUCUAUUACCAGUUUCUGGGGGCCGACUCAAACAGGUCGAUGAGCUCAUCACACAUCUAUGCUGAUAGAUGCAAAGAUCAUGCUGCCAAGCUGUGCGAAAUGGUGUAUCAAACGUUUGAUGCACCCGGUAGUGAGGUUUUGUACGCGGCCGUUGCCCAUGUGAUUGUCAUUGCCUCGACAGUGCAGAUCCACACUCUGUUGUUUUCUGGCGACGAAAUGCAGAUCCGGCUGUCAAGGACACGACUGGAGCGUAACUUUGAGAUACUGCUGCAACUUAGGCCAUACUGGUCGAGCGUCGACAGUGCCAUGAGCCGUUUACGAGCAUUUCAUCAGACGUGCCUGAGACGAAGCAAGGCCAGUUUUGUGCUGGAUAAAUGGCUUGUACGGUUCCUUGUCGAGUUUGCUCCAUACAUGGAAUCGGAGCCACGGGACACGGAUCCCGAUUAUGAGGCAUUGUGGUCUCUGUCGAAAGAACAGCAGCACCGAGCCGCGACUUCUGCAAUGGCUCCAUGA